AUGAAUGCUACACUUGUGCUGCCUGAGUUGGAUGCCAAUUCCUUUUGGCAUGAUGACAGUGGUUUCCAUGGUAUCUAUGAUGUUGAGCAUUUUAUCAAGUCAUUGAGGUACGAUGUAAAAAUUGUGGAAAGCAUUCCAGAAAUCCGUAAAAAUGGGAAGAUCAAAAAGAUAAAAGGUUUUCAGAUUCGGCCUCCUAGAGAUGCUCCCAUCAGUUGGUUUAGUGUCCUUCACAUAUCAAAUAUGAUUCUAGCCAUUGGCAGCAUGCUAUAUCAUGCCACGUUGCAGCGGCUGCAACAGCAAGGUGAUGAAACACCUAUGGUGUGGGAAAUGCUUCUUUAUAUCUACAUCCUCUAUUCACCGGAUUGGCAUUAUCGAAGUACAAUGCCAACCUUUUUGUUCCUUUAUGGUGCACUAUUUGCCAUAGCACAUUCACAGCUGCACUUCGAUAUUGGUUUUAAGGUGCACUACGCGCUGCUUUGUCUUCUUUGCAUUCCUCGGAUGUACAAAUAUUACAUUCACACAGAAGAUAAAUUAGCUAAGCGGCUUGCAAAGUUGUAUAUCGCCACUCUGUUGUUUGGGAGUCUCUGCUGGUUAGUUGACCAUUUGUUCUGCAAGAACAUUUCACACUGGUACUUCAAUCCGCAGGGUCAUGCUCUAUGGCAUGUUUUUAUGGGUUUCAAUUCGUACUUUGCAAAUGCAUUCCUGAUAUCCACUCUCGACCCGCUACGCCAGCACAAAAUGGAUGGUGAAAUCGCUGCUUGUUCGCUGUUGGGAAACCUGGGUAGCAGCGAAAUCGCUGCUGGGAAGGAAAAUGUCCCAGCAGCGAAAUCGCUACUGGGAAAACUGCUGGUUUUCGCGCUGCUGGGAAAAAUGUCCCAGCAGCGAUUUCGUUGCUAG